UCUACAUAUAUACAUUUUGCUAUUCCUGUUUAUUUUUAUGGUCCAUUUAUUAAAAGUACUCGUCAAAACAGCAAGGGCGAAGACUGUAUUGAGCGCUGUGCUGCUGGCAAUUGUGACUUUGGAGUACGCGGUCGAUGCGGCUAUAUACAAUAGUUGGAAACACGCGGACGACCGUGUGGUGGGACUCCCGUACAAGGCUGGCGAGAAGCCGUUGCAUGAAAGCUACUCUGGACAUAUAACUGUGCGCACGUGGACGCCCGAGGGCGGGGCAUCUAAGGACAGCGGGAGCGCAAAGCUAUUUUACUGGUACUUCCCCGCCAUUGCGUCUAAAGUGGAGGAGCCGCCCUUGCUCUUGUGGAUUCAGGGCGGCCCUGGGUCGAGCUCGAUGAUUGGGCUGUUGACUGAGAUGGGGCCGCUGGCACUCACUGAUGACGGCGAGUUUACCAGACGAAAUGUAACUUGGGCUAACCACUAUGACCUGUUGGUGGUAGACCAGCCCGCGGGCACGGGAUUCAGCUCGGUCAGCCCGCGAGCAAACUUGACUCUUGAUGACCUGUUCCCAAUUGCAAAUGUGAUGCCCAAGAGCGUAGUGGACUCGUGGAAAGCUGAAUACCCGGGCAACGUGAACGAUUACAAGUUUAUCAAGUCGCCGAUGACCAUAGAGUUCAUUGUCGCCGAGGCCCAGGAUAUGCUGCGCAAGCUGAUGCACCCAUUGGUCAAGCUUUCGAGCAAAACCACUCCCUUUGGGGAAAUGUUUACCAAUGUGCUCAAAGCCCGGCAGUCCGAAAUACCCGAUAUGUUGAGGUAUAUCAGGCGAUCAAUCAGAUUCCACGAGCACACGGGCCCUGAUCAAGUUGGGAGCUUCAGUCUUCCAAAAGAUGGCGGCAGCGAUGACAACAGUGACGACCCAUUCUUGGUGAACAGUGGCUAUGCCGAAGAACGCGAAAACAAAACUGUUUGGGAAAAGAUUGGGCUGACCAGCGAUGAGUCCGGCGACUUUGUUAACGGCUAUGCAACCAACAUGCGGGCAGUUGGCAAGGACAUGUGGACGUUUAUGCAGAUAUUUUUUGAACAGAGGCCAGCCCUGCGCAAGCGAGAUUUUUAUGUAUUUAGCGAGUCGUAUGGCGGCAAGUAUGUACCAGCAAUCGCCACGUACAUUGACCAGCAGAACGUUAAGGUUGGCAAGGACAGCCUACAAGCAGUUAAUUUGCGCGGUGUGUCUAUCGGAAAUAGCUUGGUGCACCCGGUGCUGCAAAUUCUGGCGCAUGGCAGCAUUGGGUUUGCUUGGGGGUUGCUUGAUGUGGAACAGGCAGAUACAAUGGACCUGCUGGCAUUCAAGGCCAUCAACCACACGCUCAACGGGGACCUCGAGGCUGGAAACGAAAUCAGGCUGUUAAUGUUUGACUACUUCCGAAACAUCACAGGUGGCGUCAACUGGUACGACAUACGCCAGCGCAACCACAGCUACAAGCGCAUGUAUUUGGACCAAGGGCUCAAUAACCCGGUUGUGCGCGAGGCAUUGAACACCAAGGACAUUGCAUAUGGCGUCGAUCAUGGAGUGUAUUAUUAUUUGUCUGGCGAUAUAAUGCGCACAACCGCACCGCUGUUUCCAACCCUUCUAAACAAGUACUCGGUGCACCUGAACCAGGGUCAGUUUGACUUUCGGGAUGGCGUGGCAGGCAACACGCUAUGGAUCAAUGGUCUGAAGUGGCCGGAUAGAUCCAAGUUUUCUUUGGCUGACCGACAGCAAUGGUGGCUAGAAAAGGAGCUUGUAGGGUACACCCGCAGUGGCGGCAAGCUAAGCCAUUGGGUCAUUCUGAACGCUGGCCAUAUGUCGCCAGGUGAUCAGCCUGAGGCUUGCCUGGAUAUGGUCAGGCGCAUUGUUUUGCUGUAGCAUUCUGUUAUUCUGUGCUUAUUGAGCAUAAUCAAUAAAUCAGUAUUAAUUUGUAGAACAAGAUAUGUCAAAGUUAGCUGGGGUGAUGGUAGCUGUAACAGGGUGAUGCUAUUCGUGAAACUUGGCCAUCUUCA